AGAGAGAGAGAUUCUUUAAUUUUUAAUUACUUAAAAUCAUUAAAAUUCAUAUAAAAAUAAGAAAAACAAAUUUAAAGGGUAUAAUUGUCAUUUUAAGUGGAUAGGGGUCAAAAUCACUAAAAGAUCCAAUUUUGGACCAGUGAUGCAUCAACAUUUCGUUUUUGACCAAUAACAUAUAAUUUUGAUAACCACAGGGACCAUUUUUGCAAUUUUGUCCAUAAAAGCAAACCAUAACAAUGAUCCGGAUGAAAAAAAAAAACAUAAUUUACCCUAAACCACAGGGACAAUUAAUGUAAUUUUACUCUUUUAAAAACACCGUAGAAUUUCCUGAAACUUCCAACCAUUAUACAUUCAGCGUUAUAUCCAAGUUUCUCAUAAAGUUUAGCUGUAAAAAGAUCUGAGUAGGAUCCUUCAAUUAUACCUUCAAUGGCCUCUUCUUCAACAGCAUCUAUUCACAAAAGCUUUAAAUACGAUGUAUUUUUGAGUUUUAGAGGCGAAGACACCCGCACCAACUUCGUUGAUCAUCUUUAUAAUGCUCUACAGCAACAAAGCAUUUAUACUUACAAGGAUGGCGAGGCAAUUAAAAAAGGGAAUUUAAUUAGUGCUGAGUUGAUCGGAUCCAUUGAAGGCUCACGAUUCUAUAUCAUUGUUUUCUCCAGAAACUACGCAUCUUCAUCUUGGUGCUUGGAUGAGCUUGUGAAGAUAAUGGAGUGUCACAAGAUGACUGAUCAUACCGCUUAUCCCGUCUUCUAUGAUGUGGAACCGACGGAAGUCCGCAAUCAAAUCGGGACAGUUGGAGAAGCUUUUGUUAAACAUGAAAACGAUGAGGCUGCUGGGAAAUGGAAAGAGGCACUAAAAGAAGCAGCAAAUCUAGCUGGAUGGGAGUUGAAGAACACUGCAAAUGGGCAUGAAGCCAAAUUCAUCCAAAAAAUUGUUGAAGAGAUUUCACUACAGCUACGUUCCAGCGAUUUCGACAUUGAUGAAAAGCUAGUAGGCAUGGAGACCCGAGUAAAGGAUGUUCUAUCAUUAAUGGAAACUGGUGUUGAUGAUGUCCGCAUGAUUGGGAUCAAGGGGAUGGGAGGUGGUGGGAAGACAACUUUGGCCAGAGCUGUUUUUGAUCAAAUAUCCUAUCUGUUCGAAGGUAAAAGCUUCAUUGAGAAUGUUAGGGAAGUUUCAAGUACUUCUUUGUCUGGAUUGAAAUCAUUGCAAAAUCAAGUCCUUAAAGAUGUCUCAUUCGCGCAAGGUAUCAACAUAAGUAAUGUUCAUGAUGGGAAAAGAAUGAUAAAGAGGAUGAUGCGUGGUAUAAAGGUUCUUGUUGUUCUAGAUGAUGUGGAUCAUAUAGACCAGCUUGCGGCGUUAGCCGGUAUGCCUAAUUGGUUUAGUCCAAGAAGUAGAAUUAUCAUCACUACAAGAGACGAGCAGGUGCUUGUAGCACACAGGGUGAAGUUGAUUGUUGAUGUCAAUUUGCUAUCUUACAAUGAAGCAAUUUGCCUCUUCAGUAGGUAUGCAUUUGGGACAGAGAUUCCAAUUCAAGGGUAUGGAGAGCUAUCUGGAAAAGUUGUACGCUAUGCUAAUGGUCUUCCCUUAACAAUAACAGUUUUGGGUUCGUUUCUUUGUGGUAAAAAUGUAAGUGAGUGGAUAGAUGCUCUAAAAAGACUAGAAACGAUUCCGUUAAAUGAAACUCUUCAAAAAUUGGAAUUAAGCUACGUCACUCUAGAGGAAGAUUACAAGGAAAUAUUCCUAAAUGUUGCAUGCAUACUGAAAGGGUGGUCGAAAGAGUUGGCAAUCGAAGCACUUGAAAGUUGUGGAUUUCAUGCUACAAAUGGUUUAAAAAUUCUUGAGCAAAAAUCACUUAUAACUAUUAGUAAACCUUAUGAGUUUGUGGGCAUGCAUGACCAUAUUGAAGAAAUGGGCAGGAAUAUUGUUCGUCGUUUGCACCCAAAUAGCCGACUGUGGAUUAAAGAGGAAAUUAAAGAUAUAUUGGCUAAUGACUUGGGUACUAACGCAACAAGAUAUAUACGAUUCGACAUAGGGAAUGUCAAUUUGGAAAUUGUUAUGAAAGGUCUUAGAAAGAUGAAGGAACUUAGAUUUCUGCAUGUGGCUCCACCGCAUAUACAAGAAGAUUUUGUUGAGAGACAUAGGAAUCAUGAUAAUGUCAACCAACACUUACCAAAUGCUUUACAAUAUCUACCAAAUGCUUUACAAUAUCUGCAUUGGUACAAGUACCCUUUGUCGUCUUUCCCCAACACAUUUCUAGGAAAUAAUCUUGUUGCACUUAAGAUGGUUAAGAGCAAAAUCGUGCAACUUUGGGAAGGGGGAGAAAGAAAGGUUCUUAACAAGCUCAAAAUUCUUGACCUUAGUCGUUCAAAUUUGAUGACCCUUGAUCUUCGCUCAGCUGUGAACCUGGAGCUGUUACGUCUUGAUGGCUGCAAUUCUUUGGUAGAAUUUCACUUGCCCGGUAGAUGUCUGAAUCUCAAAUCCCUGACACUCACUUAUUCAAAGUUGAGGACCCUGGACAUUGGACAGACUCCAAAUCUGAAGCAUUUAGAUCUUAAAGGCUGUUAUUAUUUAGUAGAAUUUCGCUUACCAAAUCCAUGUCUAGAGCUCAUAUCUGUUAACCUCAGUGGUUCGAACUUGAGGACCAUUGACCUUCAUUCAUGUGUGAAUCUCAAGUUGUUAGAUCUUAAAUACUGCUCUGCUUUGGUAGAACUUCACAUGCCUGGUAAAUAUCUAAAUCUCAGAUCCCUGACACUCACUUAUUCAAAGUUGAGGACCCUACACAUUGGGCAGACUCCGAAUCUGGAGGAUUUAGAUCUUAACAACUGUUAUGAUUUGGAAGACUUUCAUAUGGCCGAUAAAUGCCCAAAGCUCACAUCCCUCAACAUUAGUUAUUCAAAGUUGAAAACCCUUGACCUUGGGCUGGCUCCAAAUCUCAAGAACUUAAAUCUUGAAGAAUGUAAUAAUCUGGUACAACUUCAUGUUCCCUUUGGAUGUCUAGAAAAUCUUGUUUACUUGGUCUUAAGUGGCUGUUUGAGGUAUACAUCUUUUCUGUUUGACAAAAGGAAUGCUGCUUCUAGUAGCAGGGAUGAAUCAAUUGAGGUUGGUCCUUUAGCUGAGUUACAUCUGAUUGCCAAGUCCCUUAAAGAAUGUCCGCUUCACCCCGACAAUACUUUGCGAAAGUUUCAAUUUCAAUGUUUUUACAAAGAUGAUCCCUCAUCGACUGGAAAUGUUGAGAAGCUUCUUUCUUUUGGUCUAUGUGCUUGCACAAACCUUGAGACAUUCUCAGAAAGCAUUUGUGGGUUACGGCGUUUAAGAAAGCUUAAACUCGAAUGCUAUCCGGAGGCUCCCAAAGAUCUUGACCAGUUAGAAUGUCUAGAAGAGCUAAGUAUUUCUACAACAGAUAUGAAACAUCUUCCAGAUAGCAUUUGUAUGUUGAAACAUCUGGAAAUUCUUCAACUUAAAGAUUGUUGGAGUCUUGAGAAGUUACCUGAGGAUCUUGGCCGAUUAGAAUGUUUAAAAAUGCUGACUUUGUCAGAUACAAAGAUUAAACAUCUUCCUGAUAGCAUUUGUAUGUUGAAACAUCUGGUAUUUCUUGAGCUUAGUGAUUGUUUCUAUCUUGAAACGUUACCCGAGGAUCUUGGCCAACUAGAAUGUUUAGAGACGCUAGAUUUGUCGUAUGCAAAGAUCGAACGUCUUCCAGAUAGCAUAUGUAUGUUGAAACAUCUGAAAAACCUCGUUCUUGCACGUUGUUCUUUACUUAAGACGUUACCAAAGGAUCUUGGCGAAUUAGAAUGUUUGUUAGAGCUAAACAUGUCAUCCUCAAUGAUCAAACAUCUUCCGGAUACUAUUUGUAUGUUGAAAGAUUUGGAACAUCUCAAUCUUAAUCAUUGUUUGUUACUUGAGAAAUUACCAGAUGAUCUUGACCGAUUAGAAAGUUUACGGAGCCUAACCCUAAGGAAGUGCAAGCUUUUACGAGAUAUUCCAAUCAGCAUCUGUAAGAUGAAACGUUUAGAAAGGCUAGAUGUAACCGGUACAUGCAUAAGCAAUCUUCCGCAUGACAUUUGUUUGUUGAAACGCCUGCAUAUUUUAGGGUCGAGAGGCCUUCUUGAAUCCUCUGGUUUCACAUCCAAGAUACAAACUGUCCAGUACGAAGAUACCUGCUUUGUAGAUGUGUGAAUAGCAGUCGAUUAGUGUCGACAUGAUCCGGUAUGUCUCUAUUUAUGAUGGAGUCUACCCUAUCUCCAUAAGGGCUCUCUUUUGGAGAGAAAAUCAGGACUAUAUAUAGAGUAUAUAUCAUCUCUCUAUAAGGGCUCUUUUGGAGGGUAUAUGAAUUUGAGAUGCUCCAAGAAUUCACAAACAACUAUUCUGAUAUAGAGUGCCAUUCGAGUUAAAACCAUCAAAGUCUUGGCAGAUCCAAAUACAAUUAUGUAGUACAAUUUGGAGUUUGAUGUCCAGUAAGCAAUUGGAACCACAUGCAAGGACUUUGUAAAGCUGUUGGGUAGAGAAGGAAACAGGAUGAAGGAUGAAGGAUUCAAGUCGUUGCAAGUUAAUUAAUUCAUGGUUCUUAGUGAACAGAGUUGAGUGGGAACUUUGAUAAAUUUUUAAAUGGUAUUGUUAAUAAUAUGUUAAGGAACUGUUUUUGCGUAAUUAACAACCAUAAACAAGUUUUUAUUUACACAACCAUAAUAUAUAUGGGAUUGUCUA